GGUAUAUGAACGACAUAUAAAGCCACCCAGAAUAGCCUUGUAUAUUGAUCUAGUUAAUUAUACCCGAUAGGCCGCCAUGGAUGUUUCGCAAGUUCUUCACAUGAAUGGAGGAGAAGGAGAAAUCAGCUACUACAAUAACUCAUCAUAUCAAAAGAAAGGCAUAUUGACAGCCAAGCCAAUAUUAGAAGAAAGCAUAGCAGAGCUAUGUAGCAAAAGCUUGCCAGAGUGUAUAACAAUGGCAGAAAUGGGAUGCUCUUCAGGACCAAAUACACUAUUGCCACUUUGGGGAGUUAUAGAAACAAUAGACUCUACUUGUAGUAAAUUGAAUAAAAAACCACCCAGUUUGCAGGUUUUCUUAAAUGAUAUUCCAGGAAAUGAUUUUAACACCAUUUUCAGGUCUAUUGUGCCUAUUUUUGAACAGAAGCUGAAGAAAGAGAAAGGAAGCAAGUUUGAGGCUUGUUUUAUCGCAGCAAUGGCAGGCAGUUUCUACGGAAGGCUAUUUCCUCUACGUUCUUUGCACUUUGUUCAUUCUUCCUACAGCGUCCACUGGCUUUCUCAGGUACCUAAAGGACUUAUGAGUGAAAGUGGGAAUCCAUUAAACAAAAGCAAUAUUUGCAUAGCAAAAACAGGCUCUCUAACUGUACAAAAAGCAUAUGUGCAGCAAUUCGAAGAGGACUUUACAACAUUUUUAGGAUCACGUGCAGUAGAGAUUGUUGUGCGAGGCAAUAUGGUCCUAACCUUCCUUGGAAAGAGUAACAAGAAUCCUUGUUACAAAUAUGGUUGUGAAAUUUACCAAUUAUUAGGAAUGUCACUUUAUGAUAUGCUUCAAGAGGGACUAAUUGAAGAAUCAGCAUUAGACUCCUUCAAUAUCCCAUUUUAUUCUCCUUCUCCGGAAGAAGUAAGGCAUUUGAUUGAAAGGGAAGGUUCCUUCACCAUUAAAAGGCUGGAAGAAUUCGAGCUAAGUUGGGAUGCUAAUAUUGAAGAUGGUAACAAUGAUUUGGUGUUUGAUAAAUGGGAGAGAGGGAAGUACGUAGCAAACUACAUAAGGGCCGUAACAGAAUCCAUGCUAGCAAGUCAUUUUGGAAAUGAAAUUAUGGAUUAUUUAUUUAAUAGAUUGUCCUUCAAGUAUGUUGACUAUUUAGAAAAGGGGAUUGCUUUGUUUAAUAAUUUGGUCAUUUCAAUGGUUAGGAAAUAAAAAUGUUCCAUCUCA